ACGAGUAUGAAUUGGCGUACUUUGGUUAUGCUAAUAACCGGUUUCUCGGUUGUAUAUAUCGUCAGCUUUGCUCAAGAUGCACCAUACCCUCAUCCCUUCCUCGUUUCUCGUUUCUCAAUCGCGCCACUUUCUUCACUACAGUAUGAUAAAGAAAUAACUUUCAAUACACAAGAAACACUGUACUUUGUGCGUUUUAUAUAUUCUGAAGAAAGUUAUGACUCUGAAGGGGUUAGCAGCAGAACAGGUAUCUUUAUACACUGUUAACCGACACAAUACCUAUCAUUUAAUAGAACAACUUCUUACUUUUUUGCUUUGGGAUUUUGAAUUAUUACUAUUAUAUGUAUAUAUAUAUAUGUUUGUCUGUCUGUCAUUUUUUGAUAUUAUUGUUUGAUAGGCAGAGUAGAAAUCUAUAGAAAUAGUUUGAAAUCCAUUACAUCGGAUUCUCUUGAUAGCGUGAAGGACGGAGAGGUAGAUUACAAAGCGCCUCACAAAGGGGAGGUCGGGGGGUGGGCUGCUGAAGUUGAGCAAAAUCUUCCAGGACCUAUAUCAAAAGUCUCUCUUCUACAAGCAAGUAAUGCGGUAUCAAAUACACCAAUAUUUGGUGUUAUGUUCCAUGUACUUUAUGAAGAAAAGAUCUUGCAUUUAGUUCGAGUAUAUUACCAGUUGGACAAAAUGUGUGGAAAAUUAUUGUACAAAGACCUCAUCUUACCCGGAAGCGUCUGGC